AUGCCUACGGUGGUGCUGAUGGACGUGUCUCUGUCCAUGACUCGGCCCGUCGCCCUGGAUGGGAGCGAAGAAUACCAGAGGAAGAACCUGGCAGUGCACGGACUCAACAUGCUUUUUGAACACAUGGCAACUAAUUAUCGCUUGGAAUUUACGUCACUGAUGGCGUUUUCCUCUCUCUGGGAACUCCUUGUGCCUUUCACCAGAGAUUACAAUGCAUUACAGGAGGCGCUCGGGAAUUUGGAGGAUUAUGACAAGACGUGUUUUGAGGCAGCUCUUCAUGGAGUGAGCAACGUGGUUCAGCAGGAGUGGGGCAGUGCGUGUCCCUGUCAGAUGGUGCUGGUGACUGACGGUUCUUUGGGGAUUGGAAAAGGCUCUCUCCGCCAUUCUCUCCAAACCCUGAAACAUCUCGGAGAAGACAAGAAGUUCCCGCUCCCGUUCCCCUUUCCCACUAAACUCUACGUGAUGUGUGUCGCUAACGCAGAGGAGCUGCAGAUGACGGACGCCAUGGAGAACCUGGAUGAACUCCUGCGUCUGAGCGGAGGAGACGGACAGAUCUUUACUGUGGACGGACCACUGUGUAUGAAGAGUGUCCAGGCCAUGUUUGGGAAGUUGAUCGACUUUGCCUACUCUCCGUUCCACGCCGUCCUCCACUGCGGGAACCUGUCCGCAGACGUCCAGGUGUUCCCCCGCCCUGAGCCCGUGGUCAUGGAUGAGGAGGUGGAGCCAACGCCGCGAGUCGUCAGCUCAGAUCUGGAAUUAGUCGGAUUUGUGGAAAUCUCCGACAUCGCCAGUCCUCCUGUGAUCUCCAGACACUUGGUUCUGCCGAUUGCGGUUAACAAAGACGUGGACGAGGUCAGCGCCGGAGCCUCAGAGGAAAUGGAAGAAGAAGCUUCGUCGUCUCAGACGGCGGGAAAGAACCCAAACUUCUGUGUUCUGCUCCACGGAAGUCUGAAGGUGGAAGGGAUGGUGGCGCUGGUCCAACUCGGGCCCGAGUGGUUCGGGAUGUUGUAUUCUCAGGCAGACAGUAAAAAGAAAUCCAACCUAAUGAUGUCCGUGUUUGAGCCCGGUCCGGAGCCGCUGCCCUGGCUCGGGAAGUUCUCUCACCUCGGACCCAUCUCAGAAGCUCCAGAGAAUCCGUACGGAGAAGACGACAGUAAGAGCCCGUUCCCGGUGCAGCCUCCGGUGAAACGCAGCUACGCUCAGAACGUGACGGUCUGGAUCAAAGCCAGCGGACUCCAGACGGACGUGCAGAAGAUCUUGAGGAACGCCAGAAAGUUACCGGAUAAAACUCAAACUUUUUAUAAGGAGUUGAACCGUCUGAGGAAAGCCGCUCUGGCCUUUGGAUUUUGGGAGCUUCUGAAAGGGGUGGCAGACCUGUUGGAACGGGAGUGCACCUUGUUGCCAGAUUCUGCACAUCCUGACGCGGCCUUUCAGCUUUCGCACGCCGCCCAACAGCUCAAACUGGCGAGCACCGGGGACUCGCAGUACGCCGCCUUCGACCACAACAUUGUCCCCAUGCACACGGACUUCUCCAGCUGA